AUGCCAUUUCUUAGUCCUGACUGGAGAUGUCCAGGUGAAAAGUGGAUAAGAUCCUCGGACGGUGUCACAACCUGGGAAAAUGCUAAACACUGGAGGGAAAGGGUUUUCGCAAAUAUGAAUGCUGCUGCCUUGAGAAGAAUUUACCGCCAAUCACUGACGGAUGACCGUUUCACAACUGAAGAUUUUGAAUCAAUACUGGCGAAUAUCGUUUGCUUCCAGCCACACAUUCGACUAAACCUUAACAGCACCCGUGAAAUUGCAAAUGUUAGCACAAUAACAGACGCAUUACUAAAAUUAGAUAUGAAGUCUGCUAUAAAAGACAUUCGACGAUUCAACUAUGUGUGCAAGUUGGUUCGCCGAUUGUUGGAUGAAAGGCUGCACAGCCUUGGGGGCCGCUCUCAAUUGUAUAUAAUUGAACUAUUGAAAGUAAUCAUGCACCAAGUACUUGGAAGUUCAAACCAGACCUUGAUUUUUCGACAGCUUCUUGCUACACUUAGAGCGAAUUUGCAACGUCACGAAUAUGAUCACAUCGGCAGCUCUCAACUGUGGGCAUGUCAUUGGGAUUCCCUUAAUAAAAUGGAAUCUGCUCUCAACAACUUUGAUAUAAAUCAGUCUUCGGGAAGCACCUCUGUGGCCUCAUUGGAGAGUCUGCCGUUCGAAUGUCUCAAACGAAUAAUCGCAAACAUCAACUCCCCAGAUGACCUUGAAUCGGCUUCUAUUGCAUCUCCCACGUUAGCUCUAAUCAUAAACGACGAGCUCUUGUGGAAAAGUUUAACGAUACGCAACUUUACACCUAACCAAAUCAUGUCAGUGCAAUGUGGCCGAAGUAGUUGGAAACCUACUCUGGAUGUGUUUGAAUCUGGCGUUAGAGAAUGCAAUUGGCGCCGAGCCUAUAUUCGACUUCUCCGGCGCUACGGUGAACAGCAGAUCUAUUCAGCCUGCCUUGGAAUCUGUGAAAAUUGUUCUUGUCUCUUUUGGAUGCUCCUGGGUCACCCAUGCUAUCAUCAGGAAAAACCACCGAGGAUUCGCGUGCUUUCGCCGGAGGACUUUAUCAGGCUUUUCGUUAAAUGA